AUGGCCUACAGCAACAACAGCUUCAACAACCCCAACACCUACAACUUGCCGAACCAAGACCACAGCAAACCCCCAGCCUACAGCAAUGACACCCAUCAACCCUCCUUCCCAACUGAACUCCCGCCUCGCCACCAACCAAUCAGUAACUCACAACCCCGAUCCCGCCUUCGAGGCUGCUUCUCCAGCUUCAUCUCCAGCUACUCCCUACGCUGUCGCGGUGUCACACUCGCCCGUCGAAUCUGCAUGUGGUUGAUCCUAGGCCUGCGCACCGCACAAUCCGGCCUAACAUCCGCUCUCUGGCUCAUCUGGCCCGAAUUCAAGAGUGUCGGCAGCGCGGUCGUGGGAAUCAUUUUCUUCGUUCUUGGUCUGCUGUCCGUAGCUUGGUGUCUUGCCAUCUUCGAUCAAGCGGAGGGGACGAGACGAGUAUUUGGUGCUAAUAUCACGAAAAACUACUUCACCUAUUUCAUCUACGCCCUAGUACCCAUCCACAUCGGGCUCCUCGUCGGAAGCUUCUGGGAACCUCUACCGCAACCCGGUUGCACGGCGACGUGGUUCAUCGUGUGGGUGCUCAUUGCCCUAGCGACUGUAGUCGCCGGACGACCCGCGCAGUAUCCCAGCCAUGGCGGCAACGUGUGA